CACUGAUUCAAAACGCCAUUUUUAUUUGCGAAACGAACGGAAAUAUUUUUGUCGUUGAUUUGUUGAUGAACUAAACAUUACAAAUUCACAAGCAAAACAGCAAAUAUUGGAAAAAUACUUCAUCUAGAAUAAAGUCGGCACGAUACAAUCGUUUUUAUAAGCACUCAACAUGGGUGACUCAGUUGACCAGAAUGAACCACCAAAAGAUCCAAAGGAAUUGGAGAAGCUUGAAGAAGCCAAGCUGAAGGCUAAAUUCCCAAAUGCAAUGAUGGGAGGGCGAGGACCUGCAGGCCAUUCUGCUUUCCUAGCCAAAAGGCUAGCCAAGGGGCAAAAGUUCUUCGACUCUGGAGACUACCAAAUGGCGAAGCAGAGGCCGGGAGGCACUCUAUCAGCAGCUUUCAAGGCUCCAGCCGCCCCAGCCAAGCUGCCCACGGGAGACGCCAUCCCCACGCCCGAGACUGUCCCGCUCCGGAAGACUUCCAUCAUUCAGCCCAAGUUCCAACCGUCCAGCCAAACAUCUUAGCCUUGCCAUCCAUUAGUCCUCAAGUAAGGCAUUUCCCUUACAGUGUUUACUCAUAUUAUUAUUGGUCAGUCUUGUUGUAUGCAACUUUUAUCAUAAUAUUUCGUCAAGUUCAUGUUAUCAGUUUCGAAUAUUGAUCGCGUAUUUAUUAUUUAUUUGGGAAGAAUUAAUUUGGAUGUCCAUGCAUCCUUAGCAGAGAUAGUGGCGGUGCAAUAUUUGGUUAUUGUUUCCUGUACUGGAGAAAUUAUGUAAGAUUUGCUUAUCAACAAGACUUCAUCAAGUAUAACAUCUACAUACUUAUCUUGAUUUCCAUAUACAUAUAUGUUCAACCCAAUUGAUUUUAAAAGGCUGAUUAGGCAGCCAGUUACGAGAUUGGAUAAGUAUGACCACUUUGUAAGGUGACGGACUGAUGGGCCUUACUUUGUCUCAUCAUCUUCAAUCAAAUGUCAUUUAUGUAUUUAGUUUUGUGCGUGCGUUGCACAGUUACAUGUUCCAUGCUUUCAUUUCAUCGUAUUUCACCUUUAGGAGGUUUAGCACAUUAUGUGUUAGUUAAGAUUGUCUCAUCACAUUUUGUUUCCUAAUGCACCUGGAUGUAUUGAGUGUAAACUGUUAAGAUUGUGAUUUAUUGAAUAACUAGUGUAUAUGUUAAAAUUAAAAACGAAAAAAAAAACUUUUAUAAGAACAACUGUUGACGGUAUAUUUUAUGUAUAAAAAUUAGGUAUAGUAUGUGAGAAUGUUGAUGUUAUCCAUUAUGUUGCGUAUUCAAUUAGAAUAUAGUACCUAAAUUCGUAAAACAUUUGAAUUUUGGAAAGAUAAUUAUGCUGCGAUGUCUGCAUGCUGUCUGUAAUAGAUAAUUGAUAUCCAAGAUCCCUAUAAUCAUGAAGAUACCUACAUAUAUUUAUCCUAAGAUAGAUUGUGGAUUAAAUACUAUUUAACAUAAAAUUUCAAUGGUUAUCCAUACAAAAACCAAAAUCAUUUUGGAUUUCAGGUAUUCAUUCUGCACUUAACUAUGUUUUUACGCACAUUUUGCUUGUUAUUUCAAUAAAUGUGCCUAAAACCAUUCUGCAAUGUGCUCUAAUUUUGUCAUUCCUAUUAACAUAUCACCUUGCUUUUUAAUAUGUCUUGAAAAUAUUUAGCGUUUGGGUAUUUCUGUAUGUUAGGUAUUAAGUUAUUCAGAGUCAUGCUUGUUUUCACAGAAACCUACAAAAAAUCCACACACUUACUUCAUAUGAAAAUACAGACAUUAUAAAAUAUUUAUAUCUAGCCUUUCUCUGGGUGUUAUUGAUGAGCCAUACAUAAUCACAAGUAGACAACGAAUAACUUUAUCUUUAUAUUUUCAGUGAAUAAAUAUAUUAUUAUUUUAUUUUCCUUCAGAGCAUGGGUGUAAUGAAAUGUCACCAAGUAUGUAUGCAAAUGCAAUACACAUCCAUCAAGGUUAAUGCUAUAAAUAUAAUUCUGGUAGCCAAGCUCUUUAUAAACUACAUAAUACGAGAUUGAAUGUAUUUCCUCACGCAUUGUAUGUAAGAGAAAUGUUAAAAGGGUUAACAAA